ACGGUCCCGCCUCCCUCAAGUGCGCGCGGACCCCCAGCUCCCCAUGAGUUGAGCUGGGCUUGGCUGCUGUACCAUGACUCUGGAGGCGAUCCGCUACUCGCGGGGCUCCCUGCAGAUCCUAGACCAGCUGCUACUGCCCCAGCAGAGCCGCUACGAGGCGGUGGGCUCGGUGCGCCAGGCCUGGGAGGCCAUCCGCGCCAUGAAGGUGCGGGGCGCCCCGGCCAUAGCCCUGGUGGGCUGUCUCAGCCUCGCCGUGGAGCUGCAGGCGGGCGCCGGGGGACCCGGACUCGCUGCGCUCGUGGCCUUCGUGCGCGACAAGCUGAGCUUUCUCGUCACCGCCCGGCCCACCGCUGUCAACAUGGCCCGCGCCGCCCGCGACCUGGCUGAUGCUGCAGCCCAGGAGGCCGAACGGGAGGGCGCUACGGAGGAGGCGGUCCGGGAGAGAGUGAUCCGCUGCGCUGAGGACAUGCUGGAGAAAGACCUCAGAGACAACCGAAGCAUUGGGGACCUAGGAGCCCGCCACCUCCUGGAGCGGGUGGCCCCCAGUGGUGGCAAGGUGACUGUGCUGACCCACUGUAACACCGGUGCUCUGGCCACCGCUGGCUACGGUACAGCCCUAGGUGUGAUCCGCUCACUGCACAGCCUGGGCCGCCUGAAGCACGCCUUCUGCACGGAGACCCGGCCCUACAACCAGGGAGCCCGGCUGACGGCCUUUGAGCUGGUCUAUGAGCAGAUCCCUGCCACCCUUAUCACCGACAGCAUGGUGGCUGCUGCCAUGGCCCAUAGGGGCGUGUCAGCUGUGGUCGUGGGAGCUGACCGCGUGGUUGCCAAUGGCGACACAGCCAACAAGGUGGGCACCUACCAGCUGGCCAUUGUCGCCAAGCACCACGGCAUUCCCUUCUAUGUGGCUGCCCCCAGCUCUUCAUGUGACCUCCGUCUGGAGACCGGCAAGGAGAUCAUUAUUGAAGAGCGACCAGGCCAGGAGCUGACCGAUGUUAAUGGGGUUCGGAUUGCGGCACCCGGGAUUGGAGUUUGGAAUCCUGCCUUCGAUGUCACCCCCCACGACCUCAUCACUGGCGGCAUCAUCACAGAACUGGGGGUCUUUGCCCCUGAGGAGCUCCGGGCAGCCCUAACCACCACCACCUCUUCCAGGGAUGGAACCCUAGAUGGAUGCCAGAUAUAACCAACUCAGCUCUCCCUAGCCUGCCUCUCUAGGUUUUUUAAUACAUUUCUUGAAUGGCUACCCAAAAGCUGACCUUCCUGUCCCUGACCACACUUGUUCCUAGUGCAGGGAGCUCAGACAGGGCCUUCCAUCUAGAGCCCAGCAUCUACAGCCAGGCUGCCCAGAUUCAAAUCCUGACUCCGCCACUUUUUCCACUGUAUGAUCUUGGGCAAGUCACUUCGCCUCUCUGUGCCUUGGUUUCCUCAUUUAUAAAAUGUGGGUAACAGGCCAGGCGCGAUGGCUCACAUCUGUAAUCCCAGCACUUUGGGAGGCCGAGGCAGGCGGAUCACGAGGUCAGAAGAUGGAGACCAUCCUGGCUAACACGAUGAAACCCCGUCUCUACUAAAAAUACAAAAAAUUAGCCGGGCAUGGUGGCGGGCGCCUGUAGUCCCAGCUGCUUGGGAGGCUGAGGCAGGAGAAUGGCGUGAGCCUGGGAGGUGGAGCUUGCAGUGAGCCGAGAUUGCGCCACUGUACUCCAGCCUGGGCAACAGAGCGAGACUCUGUCUCAAAAAAAAAUUCAUUAAUUAAUUAAUUAA